UACGUUCAUUUCAUAUGCAAGUUUGUGAUAAUGAAAAACUUCGUAUUGAAUGCUGGCCGAAUACUGUCAUUAGCAUCACACAAGCAGAAUAUGGCAAACCUGUAUCAGGUGAUAUACUUUGUCGUGAACAGAUGAAACCUCCAAGUAUUGAUAUCCUUUCCAGACCAGGUUGUAGGGCGCACGAUGUUCGAGAGCGUGUGCAAGCAUUAUGCAAAGAAAAACAAGAAUGCAAAUUAGAAGUAUCACCUAAAUUAUUAAAUGAAGAUUUGUGUCUUGGUGUUCAGAGGUACUUCGAUGUGGCUUACAAAUGUAGACCAAAUAAGUUUUUCACUCGUAUUGCAUGUGAAGAUGGAAAGUUACGAUUGCGCUGCCACAAAUCCUUAAGGAUUAUUAUAUUCAGUGCAUUCUUUGGAAGCACAGAGAAUGGAGAACAAAUUUGUGCUGCAGAGAAGCAUCAAAUAUAUGAAUCUUGCUCAGCAAAUUUUGCAACAGAAACAGCAAUGAACAGCUGUAAUGGCCGUCGAAAGUGUGUUUUGACUGCUGAUACUAAAACAUUUGGGGUAACUGGCUGCUCUGCCAAGACUCGCAUUUUUUUAAGAGUUGUAUUUACCUGUGUCCCCAAAGAUUCUUUGCAAGAUCUGGAGUUUCAUGAAGAGACUGAAAUAGAUUAUCCAAGCAUAUUGAAAGAACCUGAUGUAUCAGAAAUUCUACAUAAUCUAAAGUCUUCUGAUAAUAUAAAUAUUAUAAAGCCCACCACACCAUCUAAUUACCAUAAAGGUUCCAUAGAUUUAAAUGUAACUACAACUAAGAAAGUUGAUGUACAAAGUGAUGAAACUAGUGAUGAUUUAGUUGAUGCAAAUUGCACUACCGUAGAUGACAAUCAGAAGGUUAUAGGCUUCAUCACAGAAUGGAUAGCUGCCUAUAAAUUUAUUACAGAAAAUAAAGAAAAAUUCAUCUUAUAUAUAACUUUAAGUUUAGGACUUGGUGUUCUUCUUUUUCUGCUGGUGUUAACUUUCCGACUGUAUACACAGCAGCAACAGACUCUGAAAAAAGCAAAGCUUAACAUAUCAGAACCAUUACCUCUUACGUUUGAUGAAGAUUGUUCUGAUUUAGAUCAAUAUGACCCACGACAAGAUCAAAGUGUUGAAGUUGUUCGGUAUACAAACAUGUCAACAAUCAGGCGACAGGAUAGCACCAGCCAGCCACGUGCGCCAUUGUCCCAUUCCAUGAACAAUUACUACUAUAGUUAGUGAUAAUACUGUGGUGUGUAAUCAGUGUUCUAUACAGUUUGAUAGAGGCUAAGCUGAUGUUUGUGUUGAUAUGUAUUAGCAACUGCAAGAUCAAAUGUUCCAAGAUAAUAAGGAAUGUCAGAAAGUAUGAAGUAUCCUAUAUUAUUGCAUUGUUAUAUAUUUACAUAAAAAAAUAAUACUCGGAGUUAAAUAAUUGAAAUUUUAUAGUUAUGUUUUCUUGUAAUUUUAAUAUGCAUUUGAAUGCCAUUUAUCUUAACUAAAAAAGAGACAAAACAUUUUAGAUUUUUUAAUAAUUAGCUAUUUUUGAUAGCUAAAAACUGGAAAACAUACUUAUAACACUAUAUAGUGUAUUUAUUAUAUAGUGUAUUUAUUAAGACACAUUUUCAUAUCUUUAUUAUUUAAAAUAUAUAUAGUUAUAUAAUUCCCCUUUAUCUUUACAAUGAGCAGCUAUUUUUGUGUUCAUUUGGCAACCUAUGCAGGCAUUUCAUGAUUCACUGUUUUUUCGUGUAAUAUUCUAAGAUCAUGUUUUAUUACAUAAAGCAAAUAGAAAAAAACCUGAUGUGUACACCACAUGACUUCCUUGUAUGGAAUAUUAAAUUACACGCAUUUUUUCUUGCAUUUCAUUUAAACUCAUUGGAUUGAAUUAAAUCUACUUUGCCGACAGUG